AUGAAACAAGUAAAAACUGCAGAGAGUGAUGAAACUGAUGCAGACAUCGGUUUUGAUCUUUUCGUUGAUUAUGCAUGUCCAACAAAGUUGCAUACACAAUCAAAGAAACUAGAAAUGAAUGUUACCUAUAAAAAGAAAAAAGCUCUUAUACGGCCAUCUGACGAAGAACUUGAAAAAACGGAUUCUUGUGAAGUUGAUGCUGGUCCUCCUCAUUUUAAACAGACGAAACCUAUGACAUAUCAUGCAGUUAAAACUGAAAAACAAAAAGCAACAAUUCAAAAAGUGAAGGAACGUUUAAAGAAAGAGAUGUCAUCUUUGGCUUCACCAGAAUGCACUCGGAAAAAAGCACAAGUUCAAAAUGAAAAGUGUGCUUUUGUUAUGGAUGUUAUUGAUGAUGAAAAUUCAUUCACAGCAGCUGUAUUAUUAGCUGAUGUUACACCACUCAGUUUGGGUAUUGAAGACAUUAAUGGCCACAUGUGUGUAAUUAUUGAACGUAAUACAAUAAUUCCAUUUCGAACACAAUUUUAUUCUGUAUUUACAAAUGCUUAUGCUUAUCAAACAACAGCUACAAUUCGCGUUUUCAGUGGUGAACAUAAACUUACAAAAUAUAAUACAUUUCUUGGUGAAUUUACACUUACUGGUUUGUCACAAAAUUUCGCUUCACAAACAUUAGAAAUAUCAAUUUGUAUGGAUGCGGAUUGCAAUGGCUUCUUACAAGUUGAAGCUGAAGAAUCACGAUCAGGUGCUAAAGUUAAAUUUGCAAUUGAUUCACAAAACUAUUCAAGUAAUAAAAAUGAUAUUGAACGACAUCUUUCAUAUGUAGAAAGUAACCCAGAUUUUCAUGCUGUAUGUGUUCAUGAUCGACAACCAAAUGAUUCAUUAUAUAUGCUAAAAGGUGAAACUACAAAUGAAAAGAUUAAUUUUACUGGUGAAACAGAAAUUUUUCAAGGUUUUUCAACAUUUAAUAAAAUGAAACAACUUGAUUUAACUUCGAUGAUGAUGAAUGAAUUAAAAAGAAUUCAAUUAACGAAUGGAUCAUUUGAUUUAAAUCAAGAUUUAGCGAAUUUAUUAUCUAUUAAUAUGAAAGAUUUCGACGAACUUAAAACAUAUUUAAAUAAACAAGGUUUUAGUUCUUUUGCAUUAAAUAUACAAUAUGAUAUAUUUCAUUUAAUUGCUACGGGUAUUAUUCUUCUUGAAUUAUUAUUACAAGUACCUGUGUCAGAAAGAAAUAUAUUUUUAGUUCCAUUUAAUACUGAACAAAUUCAAUCAAUUCUUCAUCGCCAUUUACCAAAAGUUUUAUUAGAAAAUGUUGAUAAAGCAAUUCAUUUUUACGAGCAAAAACGUUCAUGUUAUGGAAUUUAUUGUGAACAAUUAGAAUUGAAUUAUUCAUCAUGGGAAAAAUUUAUUCAAUAUGCACUUUUUCAUAUGAAUAAUUAA